ACGAUUUAUGCGACGAUAGAAAAAUUUGUCGAUUCCUUUUCUGGCUUCCUCUCCGGCACUGCCUCAGGCUACGGCGAUGAGUUUCGCUUGUGCGCCGUCGACAUCAUGUCGGGAUGUGAGGAAGAGCUUGCAGAAGCCCAGAAAGGCCAAGACGAAGGGCAUAAGAAGGAAUGCAUCAUGCGCCUAUUAGUGGGCUCUUCUUCGGUGGUUAAUGAUUCAAGUCCGAUGAAACUAAGGGAGAAGAUCUAUCUCCUUGCUGUUGGUGUGCUCUUCUUUCUUUCUCUGGUUUUUAAGGUUGAACCGGAGUGCAGACAGGCUCAGACACAUGUGCAUGUUUCCCUGAUCUUCAGUGAGCUUGUUUAG